UGUGGUACUAGCCAUAGACGAUCAAGAUCUACUUUAUAACAAUCUAUAUCAUCACCGACUCGGAGCAACAGCCCAUGUUGCUCUCAAUCUCAGCAUCACCGAUUCACAGAAUCACAUGAAAAAUUGACUCGGUGGAAACGCCACAAUUUCUAGAAACAAUCGAAGCUCUCAGCCCCCUGUGCAUAUCUAGAGAGAGAAAGAGAGAGAGAGAGAAACGGAAGAGCUUUUUGUCCUUUUUUAAUGGAAGAUUUCAGAUCUAAGUCAUACGCUGAUGGAAGAAGAAAUCAAAUGGAGAGUUACAGCUACGAUGGAAACAGACCAGGCCCAACUGGUUUCCAAGAUCUCAGAUGUUACAGUGCUUCAUAUGCAUCAUCUUCUCAAGCACAAUCACAAUCACAACCAACUCAGACCCAGAUAGAGGAAGUGCCUACAGAAGUCAAAUUCAAGAAAGUCAAGUCCACAAAUGGAUCAACAUCAUCUAAGAGUUGGAGCUUAAAUGACCCUGAAUUGCAGAGGAAGAAAAGGGUUGCAAGCUAUAAGGCCUAUUCUGUUGAAGGCAAGGUCAAAGGCUCUUUUAGGAAGAGCUUUAGGUGGCUCAAGGACAGGUACAAUCUCAUGGUCCAUGGUUGGAGGUGAGGUAUCACAUUCAAUCACAAAAACCCCCCUUUGGUAUAUCACCAUCACUAUCACAAUCACUAUCAUUUUGCUAUCCAUUUUUUCCCCCUAUUUUACUCCUGUUGUUUUCUACUGAUUUGGGUUGCUUGUAGCUUAUUAUGUACUGUCUAAUAAUCUUAAAUUUACCAGUAUCAUGAAUUGAUCAUGUAGAUUGUUGACUAUUGAUGAUGAACCCUUUUUUUCUUUUUUGCUUUAAAUUUUCUAUAAGAAGUUUAUUGAUUCUGGAUCGGUUUUACUUGUCAA